CUUUCUUUUAUAAUCUUAUAAUAUUGCCACAAUGCAUACUUAAUCGUUACUUUUUUUCUCUUUCUUUUCUCUAUAUAGCUGUUUCAUUUUUUUUCUGAUUAAAAUAUGAUAUCUCGAUCCAAAAUGGAGCAUAUUCUAUGCUUAUUUCUAAAUGGAUUAAACAUUGUACUUUAUAUAUUCAUUAUUAUAGCAAUCGUAUUUAAAUGCAAACAGGAUAAAAGAUUUGGAGAUAUUACAGUUGGUAUAUACACUAUAGUGCUUGCAUUACUGUUGAUUGUCAAUGAACUGAAAGAAUUUGCAAUAUCUACAAAAUACCUCUGUUUCCUGGCUACGUACAAAGGGAGAGGGCUUCUAAUAGCUUUUUUUGGUUGUCUCGUUCUGAAUACAGGAGUGAUCAAUAUUACAGUUGGAACACUUGUACUUGUUGUUGGUAUCAUUUAUGUCAUCAUUCCUCACUUGUCUCCAGUAUUUCCACCACCUCAUCCUAUUACAGUGAACUGGCGAAAUUGGAAAGAUUAUUCGGCGGAAGGAUUAGAUUUGCCGAAUCCAAGACAUCAACAUCCACAACAACCUUUCAUGACAGAUAUUCGAGAGGUGCUAAAGUCUCCUGCUCCUCGUUCAAGUUCAGCUGUUGGGCAGCAGUAGACAAGAUGGUCUCUAAUUUACAUACAAACAGUUUAUUAAAGUUGAAUUGAAAAACGAACGGUAUGAGUCCUGUAAAAUACAGUCAUUAGGGGUGACUCUACAAUUUUUGAUGGUC